AUGGGCCACGAAGUCUCCCAGGCCUGCCUUCGCCGAGGUAUGACCCUGGCCCCCGUGGGCCUGACUGGCCCCGGGAUGCCGGAUCAGUGCCAGGUUGUAGAGGGUGGCACGCACACGGUGAAGCUUGUUGGCUCGGACCAGCUCACAGCGCAGAAGGAAGCUCUGGAGGGGCUUAAAGCGGCGCAUGGCGACCGGCUGGUGAUCAUUGAUUUCACCCACCCCAGCGCCGUGAACAGAAAUGCUGAACUCUACAAUGCCGCUGGCGUCAAUUUUGUCUUUGGCACGACCGGUGGGGACCGAGACGCGUUGAUGAAAGUCACAGAGCAGAGCGGGGUCUACGCUGUCAUCGCACCGAACAUGGGAAAGCAGAUUGUCGCACUCCAGGCCACGAUGGAAAGGAUGGCGAAAGACUUCCCAGGCGCCUUUGCAGGCUACAAGCUGGAGGUCACCGAGUCCCAUCAGAAGACAAAGGCCGACACAAGCGGCACAGCGAAAGCCAUGGUCUCAUCCUUUCAAGGAUUGGGUGUGGACGCCUUCGACCACGAACAGAUCGCCAAGCUGCGCGACGACGCCUCGCAGAAGGCGUUUGGAGUGCCAGAGGAGUUCUCCAACGGCCAUGCCUUCCACACCUACACGCUCACAAGCGGCGAUGGAUCCGUGCAGUUUCAGUUUAAGCACAAUGUGUGCGGCCGCCGCACGUACGGAGAAGGGGUCGCCGACGCCGUCCAGUUCAUCGCUCACAAGGCGAUGGAGAAGUCUCCGAAGAAGGUAUACAACAUGAUCGACAUUCUUGAGGCUGGGCAGAUGAAGUGA